CUGUUAUUGAAAAAACAAAAACCCAGAACAAGCCAAGCUAAAAUUGUCACUUCAGUCGAAUCGUUAUACAUAUUAAACCAAACCGAAUUAACGAUGAGCCAAUACGACAAUCCGUUUAAGAUUAUCCUCCUGGGUGACAGCGGCGUAGGCAAAACCUGCCUGCUGAUGCGUUUCUCGGAUAACCAAUUCACCACAAGACACCGGAGCACUGUGGGCUUGGAUAGAAGGGAGUGCAGCGUGGAGUUUGCCGAUUGGAGGAUGGGGAGGAUGCUGCAAGUCUGGGACACCUCCGACGACGAGCGCUUCAAAUUGCUGAAGGCGACCCAAUGUCGCAGUGCCCAUGGCAUACUGCUCGUCUACGACAUAACGUCGUCCAAAAGUUUCCAAAACAUCGAUGGCUGGAUGAAGGAGAUACGGCGCCUGUGUCCGGAUAAGGUAAUUGUCCUGCUGGUGGGCAACAAAAGUGAUGAUCCGAACCAUCGCCAGGUGAGCAUGGCGCAGGGGUUCAACUAUGCCCAUCGUCAGUCAAUCUGCUUUGAAGAGGUUUCCGCCAAGAGUGGAAGGAAUGUAUAUGACAUAUUUAGCUCGUUGGCAAUGGACAUAUAUACAUAUCGUCGUGUACAUUACAACCCGUUCAGCUUGACAUCUUGGCAGGAAGAGGAGGACGCUGCAGAGUCACUGGAUUAACCAAUUAAUCGAGCUGGCGCAGAUCGGCAGAAGGCCAAUGACACCAAUACCAAUCAUUUGACAUUAUUAUCAUUAAUAUAAUAUUUUAACAUUUCUAUAAUGUCUACAAGCUCCGUAAACUUCUUGCCUAAUGAAAAAAUAAACUAUUUGUAAUGUGAAACGGGAAAUUGGCGAAAAAUGUACAUCAAUAAAUUACAACAAAAAAUUACG